AUGGUUUACAAGCUUGUCCUUGUCCGUCACGGUGAGUCUACCUGGAAUAAGGAGAACAGGUUCACUGGCUGGACUGACGUGCCGCUUUCUGAGACUGGCCGUCAGGAGGCGUUGGCUGCCGCUGAGGUGCUGGCAGCGAAGGGUUACAAGUUCGACGUGGCGUUUACUUCUGUGUUGAAGAGAGCGGUGACGACUUGCUGGAGUGUGUUGGAAAACACGGAUCAGUGUGCGGUGCCGGUGGAGCAGUCGUGGCGCUUGAACGAACGCCACUAUGGCGCCCUUCAGGGUUUGAAUAAGGCGGAGACGGCGGAGAAGCACGGCGAGGCGCAGGUGAAGAUCUGGAGACGCUCCUACGAUGUCUGCCCACCGGCUCUGGAGACCUCGGACGAGAGAUUCCCUGGCAACCAGGCUCUGUACAGCAAACUGCCCAAGGACUGCCUGCCCCAGACCGAGAGUCUCAAGACCUGCAUCGAUCGGGUACUCCCAUACUGGCAGGACACUAUCGCUCCCCAGGUCUUGGACGGAAAGAAUGUUUUGAUAGCUGCUCACGGAAACUCCCUCCGAGGCCUUGUCAAGCACCUUGACCAGAUGACUGAGGAACAAGUCCUCGAAUUGAAUAUCCCCACCGGAGUGCCGCUCGUGUACGAACUUGACGAGAACCUGAAGCCCAUCAAACACUACUACUUAAUGGACGAGGCUGAGCUCAAGGCACGUAUGGACGCGGUCGCCAACCAAGGCAAGAAGCAGUAA